UUUCUGUUUAGGUAUUUUUGCCUGUGGGAUGGGGAUAGGGGCCUCAUAUGGUUUAUCCCAGCUGUUAGGCUUCUUCUUCACUGGACUUCAUGGCAUCCUGCCGUUCUUAAUGCUUGGUGUCGGGAUAGAUGACAUGUUUGUUAUAAUGCAGGCCUGGGAGAAUCUGGAGGAGGAGGAGAGGUUAAAAAGCUUCCAGGAGCGGUUUGGAGCAACAAUGCGGCAUGCCGGUGUUGCUGUAACAAUAACAUCGAUAACGGACUUUCUAGCGUUCCUAACUGGGGCCACCACCGUUAUACCAGCACUAGCUUCUUUCUGCGUCUAUUCAGCUUUUGGAAUCCUGUUCAUUUACUUCUUUCAGGUCACAUUCUUUCUAGCCUGGUUCUCUCUGGAUCAGAGAAGAGUUGAAGAUGUCCGGGACGGCAUCAUCUGUUGUUGGAAAAAGAAAGACUGGGAGCCAAGCCAGUGCAGUCAGUUUGAUAUCCUAGGUUACAUGUUCACAAAGUUGGUUGUUGUUCUAGAUUCCAUUCCAGGAAAGGUUGUUGUCAUCCUACUAACUGCUCUCCUGUUUGGACUAGGACUGUAUGGAACCAUAACUUUGGAAACAGACUUCGACUACGCAGACUGGCUUGAGGAUGGAACUUAUCUCAAAACCUAUUUGGCAGAAAAUACCAAACAUUUCCCUGCUAAUGGAGAUUCUGCAGGUGUAUACACAACUGCUCUGGACUAUGGCAAAGAUCUGAAGAACCUAAACGCUAUGAUUAACGAUUUGAAAAGUCUGGAAGGAAAUAAUUUACAAACCAACUCUAUUGACUCCUGGGUUCAGCCAUUCAUUGACUCUACUAACACUCAGAACAAUCUAAGUGGAGCAGAUCUCCUCCCUGAUAACCCAAAUUAUGCUGAAGCUAACUUUACCAAGCACAUUGGGGAAUUCCUAAAUGGACCUGGCAAAAUGUACAGCUCAAACUUUGAGUAUAAUAAAGAGAAUCCAACCCAGGUCAGUUUGACAAAGAUUAAGUAUACUCACAUCCUGUUUGACAAGACAGCAAAGAAGUUGGAUGCUAUGAACGAUGUGUUUGAUGUUGUUCGCAAAUAUUCUUUUACCAACAAGGUAUUUGCGUACGGAGAAUCCUACGCAAAUAAUUUAACCAUCGAAAUUAUAACUGCUGAACUAAUUAGAAACAUAUUGAUCUCUCUUUGUGUCAUCUUUCUCUGCAGUCUUUUCCUGAUUGCCGAUAUUUUUGCUGCUCUUCUUGUUCUUGUUGUGGUGACAAUAACAGUUGUAAAUGUUGCUGGCUACUGUAACUUCUGGGGAUUAACUGUGGAUACAACGUUUGCUAUAUUUGUUACAAUAUCUAUUGGUUUGUGUGUGGACUAUUCAGCGCAUGUGGCACAUGGGUUUAUGACAGAGACAGGGACGCGUGGAGAGCGGAUGAAGAACACUAUGAUUAAGAUUGGUCCAGCAGUACUAAACGGAGGGAUAUCAACAUUCAUCGCCUUCGUUCUUCUUGCCGGUUCCAGUUCAAAGGUUUUCUUCACCUUCUUCCAGAUAUUUUUUCUGGUGGUUUGGUUUGGACUGUUCCAUGGACUGAUAUUUCUACCAGUACUUCUCUCCUUAAUUGGUCCUGCCAGUCAUAGAACUGAAGAGGCGUUUGGGCAUAAAAACUUGGAUUCGUCCUGGGAGGGGAAUGGGAAGGAAAACAAAGGAUUUGAAAAGAAUCCUCCCCUGGCGAUAAUAUCCAGGACACCAACUCCUACUGAGGCCAACAAUACUCCUACCCUACCUGGAGAAAUACAGGAGUAGAUCAUCUAACCAAUACUCCAACCCUCCCUGGAGAAAUACAGGAGUAGAUCAUCUAACCAGUACUCCAACGCUCCCUGGAGAAAUACAGGAUUAGAUCAUCUAACCAAUAUUCCUAUCCUACAUGGAGAAAGACAGGAGUAGAUCAUCUAACCAAUACUCCAAUCCUACCUGGAGAAAUACAGGAAUGGAUCAUAUUACCAAUACUCCAACCCUCCCUGGAGAAAUUCAGGAGUAGAUCAUCAAACCAAUACUCCAAUUCUACCUGGAGAAAUACAGGAGUAGAUCAUCUAACCAAUACUCCAAUGCUCCCUGGAGAAAUACAGGAGUAGAUCGUCUAACCAAUACUCCAAUCCUACCGGGAGAAAUACUGGAGUAGAUCAUCUAACCAAUACUCCAAUCCUACCUGGAGAAAUACAGGAGUAGAUCAUCUAACCAAUACUACAAUCCUACCUGGAGAAAUACAGGAAUGGAUCAUCUAACCAAUACUCCAAUCCUACCUGGAUAAAUACAGGAGUAGAUCAUCUAACCAAUACUCCAACGCUCCCUGGAGAAAUACAGGAGUAGAUCGUCUAACCAAUACUCCAAUCCUGCCUGGAGAAAUACAGGAAUAGAUCAUCUAAUCAAUACUACAAUCCCUGGAGAAAUACAAGAAUAAAUUAUCUAUUCUGUACUCCAAUCAUAAUUGGGAAAUACAUGAGUUGAUCAUCUAACCAAUACUCCAAUCAUAUUUGGAGAAUACAAGAGUAGAUUAUCUAGCCUGUACUCCGACCCUUAUUGGAUAAAUACAGGAGAAGAUCAUCUACCCUGUAAUCCAACCCUACCUAGAGAUAUUCUAAAAUAUCAUUUCUCUGGUUUUCAAGUUACAAAAAUCUAGAUUUCACAAUUUGCAUAUUAAUAAUUUGAAAACUGUUUUGCCUGUUUUCUGAAAAAAAACAUUUUGAUAACAAGAAUUUUCAAAAUAUU